GUUGAGCCCACCCUUAAUUCUCGAUUGAUACGUUCAAAAAUGGCGACGCCUUCGCGAGUUGUUCGUCAAGUAAAGCCACUUUUGUCAUAUUCUCGAGAAGAAGCUCAUCGAAGAGUUAUAACUUUAUAUAAAGCAUGGUAUCGUCAAGUUCCUUAUAUUAUGUUUGAAUUUGAUAUCCCAUUAACUGAAGAACAAGUUAAAGCAAAAAUCAGAGAGGAAUUUUAUAAACAUGCCAAUGUUUCUGAUAUUCGUGCUAUUGAUAUGCUAGUUAUAAAGGGUCAAAUGGAGUUAAAAGAAACGGCUGAAAAAUGGAAAAACAAAGGAUGUUUAAUGAAUUAUUUUAAAGAAACCGUCGAGAAAAAACCAACAGAUUUUUUAUCGAAAUUCAUUUCUGGCCAAGAAUAAUUCGUUCUGGAUUUUUGCUAGUCGUGUAAAUUAUAAAGCUAUCAAUAUUUAUGAUUUAUUCAGUAAUCAAGAUAUUGUUUAUAAAUAAUGUAAAAAUAGUUAUAAACUAUCAAUAAUAAAACGUUAAUUGUAUAUAAAGUUUA